CGCUGCGCGCUCUGCUCGCUGGCCCUGCUGGCCCUGCUGCCCCUGCUGCUGGCCGGCUGCGCGGCCGGGCGCGGCGGUUAUGAUGCCCUGAGCUAUUCUGUGGGAGAUGGUGACAAGUGGAGCGGGCGGCAGCUCCUGCAGGCGCGUGAGCAGAACGUGAGUGACGCUCCAGAGGAUGGGGGACAGCAGCUCUACAUCAGAAACUGCACUGAGCCAGCUCUCCAUGAGUUCCCCAAUGACAUCUUCACCAACGAGGACAGGAGACACGGAGCUGUUGUCCUGCACGUCCUCUGUGCUGUGUACAUGUUCUACGCCUUGGCAAUCGUCUGCGAUGACUUCUUCGUCCCUUCGCUGGAGAAGAUCUGUGAACGCUUGCAUCUCAGUGAAGAUGUGGCUGGGGCAACUUUCAUGGCAGCAGGAAGCUCUGCUCCUGAGCUCUUCACAUCUGUCAUAGGUGUUUUCAUCACAAAAGGAGACGUGGGCGUUGGAACCAUCGUGGGCUCGGCUGUGUUCAACAUCCUCUGUAUUAUUGGUGUGUGUGGGCUUUUUGCAGGACAGGUUGUUGCGCUGUCAUCGUGGAGUCUCUUGAGAGAUUCGAUCUACUACACGCUGUCUGUUGUUGCACUCAUCGUGUUUAUUUAUGAUGAAAGAGUUUCCUGGUGGGAGUCCUUAGUCUUAGUGCUGAUGUAUGUCAUCUACAUCUUUAUAAUGAAGUACAACUCAACCAUACAUCACUUCUUUGAGAGGAAGACAAAAAACACUGCAAAUAUGGUGAAUGGUUUAGCAAGUAACACAGAGAUGGAUGACAACAGCAACUGUGAUGCCACAGUGGUGUUACUAAAGAAAGGUAACUGUUCCAGAAAUUUCCACCGAAAAGCCUCAGUGAUCAUGGUUGAUGAGCUGCUCUCUGCCUACCCACACCAGCUUUCAUUUUCCGAGGCUGGGCUCCGGAUCAUGAUAACCAGCCAUUUCCCUCCCAAAACACGGCUCUCCAUGGCCAGCCGCAUGCUAAUCAAUGAGAGACAGAGGCUGAUCAACAGCAGGACUUACACCAACGGGGAGUCAGAGGUAGCCAUCAAAAUCCCCAUCAAGCACGUGGUGGAGAACGGAACGGGCCCCAGCAACUCUGCCGAGCGCGGCGUGAACGGCACGCGGCGCGACGAGGACGCGGCCGAGGCCAGGAACGAGAACGAGAACGAGGACAACGAGAACAAUGAGAACGACGAGGAGGAGGAGGAUGAUGAUGAUGAUGAUGACGACGACCAUGAAGGGCCCUACACGCCUUUUGACCUCCCCACUGGCAAGAUAGAAAUGUUGAAGUGGGUCUUCACAUGGCCCUUGAGUUUUGUCCUGUACUUCACAGUGCCCAACUGCAACAAACCCCACUUGGAAAAAUGGUUCAUGGUCACCUUUGCUUCUUCUACCCUGUGGAUUGCAGCUUUUUCUUACAUGAUGGUGUGGAUGGUGACAAUCAUUGGGUACACCCUGGGAAUUCCAGAUGUGAUCAUGGGCAUCACUUUCCUGGCAGCAGGAACCAGCGUGCCAGACUGCAUGGCCAGCCUGAUUGUGGCCAGGCAAGGUAUGGGGGAUAUGGCCGUGUCCAACUCCAUUGGAAGCAAUGUUUUUGAUAUUUUAAUUGGCCUAGGCCUUCCAUGGGCUUUGCAGACUCUAGCAGUGAAUUAUGGAUCAUACAUUCGGUUAAACAGCAGAGGACUUAUAUAUUCUGUUGGUCUCCUGCUGGCAUCAGUUUUUGUCACAGUUUUUGGUGUCCACAUGAACAAAUGGAAACUGGAUAAGAAGCUAGGGUGUGUGUGCCUUUCCCUUUAUGGCAUCUUCCUGUGUUUCUCCAUCAUGACAGAAUUCAAUGUUUUCACUUUUGUGAACUUGCCAAUGUGCAGAGAUCACUAACCCAGGUGGCAGACUGUCGGGAGGAGCUUCCUUUUUUCCUGUGCAAUACAAGCCACGGCUGGAUUUCCUGGAUGCAGUGCACCUCCAAGUCGUGACCUAUAUCCUGUUCACUGUUCAUAGGACCCGUGGCCCCGUCUAGGUUUGCCCUCUCCCUGGCCCCCACAGCCUGGAACAGUCCUUCAUCCAUGUGAAGAGCUUUUUUCUCAACAUCCAUGUGAUUUCCUUGCUCAGUUUUUGAACAGUGUGACUGAGACUCAAGAUGAACUGGCUGCUAACUGGCGUUAAGCCAGUCAAAACUGGUCUGCUACAAUUCCUUCUUUUUUUAAGUUAUUUGAUGGAAGACUAAUUAAUUUAUGACUUAAGACUAUUGCUACAAUGCAGGAGAGGGUACGUCGUAUGGAGGCUGACUUUCAAGGAGAAUAAUUGUUUUUUUUUGGUUGUGGGGAGUGUUUUUUGUUUGUUUUUAGCUUUUAGUUUUGGGUUUGCAGGGUUUUUUUGUUUGUUUGGGGGUGGGGGUGUUGCUUUUUUUCUUUUUUUUUUUUUUACUUGCCAGAGAUCAACGUCCUCUCUUGCAUCUUCUCCUCCUGAGUGCUGGGUCUCCUGUAACAAUCCAAAGGCCACAGGGCAGUGUAAAAUGGAAAUGCAAUUCAAGGUACUCAGCAUAAGAAUGGAUAAAAGAAGAUUGUCAAGGAACAAAACUGAUGACUUUUUACUACAAAUAAUUAACCUUGUACAGGUUUGUUAAAGAAUGCAAGCUAAAUGUGGAUUCAAAGGGUAAACACUGCUACCAUUUUACUAUGAAUGUUGGAGUUUUAUUACUAGGGUGUUUGUUAUUUCCAAGCAAUAGUUUGAUCUCCAGCCCAGAAGGGCUACCAAGGAGGUGGCCUGGUUUUUAAUGGUCUGUACAUGGAAAUGGAAGGUCAGAACUUUCUCUGCUUCAUCAGAUUUCUUGUUUUGGGGGGGGAUUCAAUAGUUCAUGUCUUACUUGUUCUGAGAAGGACAUAAGUACAUGUGAAAACUUUUCUAAAUGAGUUACAGACACUGGUUUCUUUAAGAGGAAAGAGGCAUAUUUUGCACAGACAUAGUUACUGAAGUCAUAAUUUGCCAUUCUUUAAAGAAUACACUGGACCUGGCCAGAUAUUUUUCGUCUUAAGCAGCUGAACUUAUCUGAUAACAGAUCAUGUGGAUUCAUCACCUCUCCCUUUUGGGAGGGAGGAAGACACAGACAGAGAUGGCACAUUUUAAAAUGUGGAAUAUCUUCAUUGCAGACUCGCUCACAGAUCUUAAGUUAUUGUGAAAGUUUAGCUAUUCAUUGUUCCAAUAUCCCUGCUAGAUUUUGUAUAAUUCUGUAUUAAUAUGCAGGCAGAUUCCACCCCUAAGAAACACCAUCACUGCUUCAUUUGUAUGUAUUGAUACUGUGCGUUCCUGCCACUUGUAUUUACUUUGAGCACUGAUCACUUCUGAUCCUCUUGUAUAUGUUCUGCUAUGAAAUGUAUUAAGAGACUACCAGCUAGGUGAAUGUUUUUGUCUAUGGUACAAACAGUGGCAAAUAAUAGUAAAGGUACAGCAAACCCUACAGAACAGAAAGAAAGGAAAAAACCUGAAACACCAAACCCUAAACUAUAGCAGGAAAAGAAAGCGCUCCAGUUUAAAAGAAAAAAGAAGAGAGCCACGUUGUGUUCACAGAUGAAAAGCCAAUUUUUUUUUUUCAUUUGCACUUUUGGAAUUGAUUUUUUCCGAUCUGAUUUUCUUUGGGCAAAAUGUUGUAAAUGAAAAUAUUUACACCCUGUGGUUUCCCUUCAGCUGAGCAGCUGGUUUUCUUUGUUUGUUACACCAAACACGGGGAGGCACUGGCAGCUCUUGCACUGUGUGUGGCAGCGAAGUCCUGUGGAAAAAACCAUGUCCCACUGGGAGCAGCAUGUGCUGGUGGAUCCCUGGCAAGAAGAAGAAGAAAGGGUCCAGGGACAGACAGCAGAGAGAGUGAAUGACAUGCCUGCUUUGCCAGUUUCCAUCCUGGAAAGCAAUUGUGUUGCUGCUUGUUGAGCUCUGCAGCUGAGGUUUGAGCAGCCUUCUCAUACCUGUGCCCACGGGACAUCCCCUUGUGUUAGCAAGCCCACUGUACCUUCCUGUUGUUGGGUUUUUGUUUCUUUUGUUGUUGUUGUUAAUGAGAUGAAUAAUAAUAAUAGCAACCACUAAAAUGCCUAAAAUACUUCUGUAAAUCAAAUGAUGUUUGCAACAAUGUGGCACACGUGUCACUAAAGCCACCCCACAAACACGCAGCUUCACUUCAUAGUGAGUUGCUCCUAAGCAGAGUGUGUCCUUGCUGAUAAGGGGAAGGAAUAAAAGAAGUUUCAUAUCAGGGCCUAUUAUUUCUUCUAUUUUGAAUAUUUGUACUGCUGCUCCAAUGGAGCCAGUUGGAUCUAUUUCUGCGAAAUAGCCAUUACCUAUCCCAUGGCACAAAAACUACACGUGUAUUUCUUAGGAACUUUUCCUACUGGUGUGCGUUAAAUACUGUAGCAAUUGUAGUUUUGUGUUGUGUGUAAAACCUGAAAUACCUUGCUUUGAUACUUGUGUGUGUUGCCAGAAUGUUCUGCAAGCAGCUUGUUCUAAGCAGGAGCAAAAGGUACUUUGAACUGCUGUUACCUGUGCCGUAGAUGGCUCGAUAAGCACGUCCUAAAGCGAUGCUUUCUGAUAGAUGUGCUGAUGAUUUGCAUCAAAGUCAUCAGGUCCAGGCCUGCUUUGGAACAGAGCAGACCAACUGAGUGUGCCAGGAGAGAGAACACCUCUCAUUCUUGUUAGCUCAGUCACAGCCUGUGACUAGAAGAGCAUAAAACUGGCAAUUUUUGGCAUCCUUCCUGUACGCUGCCUCCAAAAGUGGCAUGGACAGUUCUCUUCCAAUGCAGGGCAUACUCAGAGCUUUACUGGGCCUUGCAGAGGACUGAGUCUCCCAGGAGUUCUCUCCUCCCAGGGGGUUCUCUCUGCCCUCCCGAGGUCAGGCUCUGGAGGACAGCCAGUGCCUGGCUGAGUGUCCCCGUGGGAGGCUCUGCUUUGCCCAUGGCCGCGAGCCGUCAGCGCAUGCAGGGCUCAGGAGCCAGCCAGGCUGGCACAGCCACUGGGGCUGCAAAGAGGGAGCUGAGGGGCUCUGAGGCUCAGGGUUGGGGGCUGCAGGGAGCCACCAGGGAAGCUGGGUUGUGUUGGGUAUUUUGAGCAUGACUGUGAUUCAUUUGCAGUUUUCAUCUUCUGAAAGCAAGGGUCACCUUCACGUCCGAGGCUGCUCUGGUUCUUGGACCAGGCAACUGUUUUUGUUUCCAUUCCUAGCAAUUUCAGAUGAUCUUCAGUGAGUAUUUCAAAGGGAGAUUAAAGAGCCUUUUUCUCCGUGGAGAGGCUUCACUGCAGUUCUUACUUUGACUUAAAUAUGUGACCCUUGGCUGGCUUCAGAUCUGCUUGACAUGGAUGGCCUUCCUUUGACAGUGGUUCAAAGGCAGAAUGACAGGAGAGGGUAUGAUAAGAGAUGGUCUUAAGACAUGCUGGGAAAACUGCUUUUGUCCCUACCAAAGGUGAACUUUUUACUUGCCUUUUUUCUCCUCCCCUCUUUUUGUUUUUAAAUUUUAAUUUGCAUGUGCUACGCUUUUUAAUAGACUUUUUCUGUGAUAGGAACACCAAUAUGAAAUGUGUGCAUGGGAGAUUUUAAUUUGCAUAAUUUUUUGGUUUUGCUGUGAUGCCACUUGCAUGCUUAGUUUCCAGAUUUCUGUCCUCAGCUGUGCCACUGAAAUCAGUUGAUUAACUUUGGAUUUGUGAUGGUUGUGCUUGUGGAGAACAAGGUGCAGGACUGGCUUUUUUCCUUGACAAAACAAAUCAGGUAGAACGGCAGUCAUGCUUAGGAAAAACAACAUUCGAGGCAGGUGGAGUAACCUGAAGGUAACUUUUAAUACCCCUCUGUCAGAACAGGGAUUUUUAUGUCUUUUCCAAUUGAUACUUGUGAGAUAAAAUGUACAUUUAGUAUUGUUGAAUAACUUUUUAGAAAACCAUAGCUUUCUGCUGACUGACAAGUAUUUCUUAUAUUAAGAUUUUUGGAAACCCUAAUCCUUUCAAUUAAAGUUCACAGAGAUGCAACAGUGUGAGGUUUGUCACUUUCAAAGUUACACCACUGGAGCUUUAAACUUGUUUAAAAAUAUAUUUUAAAAAUCAAUCUCAGUGGACCAUGCUUACCUGAAUUUAAUUCUGCCUUGUGCUUUCAAAGUUUUGCUUGAUCAGCAGCCACUGCAAGUUAGUCUAAAAGAGACUUAAAUCCUGGCAAAAAUGUCCCUUUUAGACUGGUACAACUUCAACUGAAUCAGUUUAAAGCCAUGGUUUUAAGGAAAGUAGUGGAAGUUUGAAUAUUUGAAAGACCUCAGCCACUUCAGAUUUAAGGAGCUGCAGAGUCUGGGUGUGCUGAAUGGAUGUUCCCAGCAGAAUGCAGGGCUUAGGUUCAGGAAGGGAUUGUUCAGUAUUCAGGGACUUGAGUGAAAUCUGACCUUUGUGAAAUCAGGGGCAGAACCCCUGUGACUGUUGUAGGGUCAGUGCUGUGUUUGUAGCAGAGUCCUGGAAGGGAUGAGGACACUGCAUAUUUUUGGGUGAGUGGCCUUUUUAUUUUCUUACCUGAAUAGAUAAAUGACUAUUAAUUAAUAAGACCAAGCACCUUUAAGGGAAUUUACAUAAAUACUCUGUUACCACUUAGUGGCCUCAAAUCUGAAGCACAGUUCCAAAAAGCAUCAACUUCUGCCCAAACUGCUUGCACUUGUCUGGCUGAAUCUGCAGAAUCAAGCUCUGGUGAGGAUUUGAUCCCUGCCUUUUGGAGAAGUUCACUUUAUUCUGGUAAAGAAAUAGGGUAAGGAAUUGAAGUCUGUUUAGUUGUGCCCUGGGGAUGUAAAUUGGCAAUGAAAUGGAUUAUUUGCUGGCCUGAAACAGUCUGACAUCUAGGCCAAGCUGUCCAAGUUUGGGUAGAAGCACCUAAUUUCAGGAAGACCUCCAAAAAAAGCAGAUUGUUUUAAGCAACACAUUUUAAAAUGUAUUUAUGUAGCAGAAAUUAUUUUAUUGUGGUACUUUUUAGAUAGGCUUCUGUUUUUCUAAUAGACUUGCAGAACAAGUUUGAAACCCCCCACACCAGAAGAACCUGACAGAAAUCUUGUCAGUGUAAUCUGUCUCUGCCAGGUAGGAUUUGAAUGGUGCUAAAAGGCAACAUGAUAAUUUUACAGCAGCAAUUCAGCACAACAUUUUUACUGCCAGCUGAGGAAAACCACACCACUGUAUGCCUGCCCCUGCGAGGAUGUUUGUAGCUGGUUACAGAUCCUCUCCAGUGCUGAGCAUUUGUAACUGAGAUUUUCCAUUGGUGUGCCCAAAAUCUCUCCCAGGGGCAGAUAAAUCCCUGUACACCCAGCAGCCACCCACUUUGCUUCCUUAUUUUAUCUUGCUCCUUGUGUUGCCAGGAUUCAGAAUUUUGCUUUGACUUUCUCUGUAUCCCUCUGGCCCACGUGCUGCUUUCUGUAACACAGAAUUAAUGCACUGGGCCAGCACAAAUAGUGUGCAGGUUUUGAUCCAGUAAGCUGGUGGGAGAAAAUGCAAGGAGAUCCUUGCUUGGCACACCAGCCUUUGAGCACCUGGCUCCAAACAGCACAAACUGCCUGCCUGGAAAGUGCCUGGAAAGUUCCACUGGGAUAAUCAGGCACUGCACAGGACAUGGGAACACUUCUCACGUGUUUUCAGCGACCCCCUCAGGGGAAUUCUGCACCCUGUGCAAAGACAUGCGUUAUACAAUAAAUAUAAUUGAUCUAAUUAAGGGAUUUUAGAUCUGACCUGGGCCUUUUACACUUUAUGAAACCAGAUUAUACUAUGGGAGUUUUACUGAGGGACUUGGUCACAAGUUUAUAUAAUUCAUUGUCAGGUUUUUAGUGGUUUUUUAAAAAAUAUAUGGACAUAGAUUUGUAUUCAAGCAAAAUAAAAUAUUUAUACAUAUAUAUGUAUACACUUUAUCUAGUAAAGUAUUUGUGUGAACUGUUGUUAAAUUGAAGCCCUGUGGUAACCAGCUAUUUCUGCAUAGGAAUAAAUUCUUACCAUGGUAAGUGCUAAGAUACUAUAGGUGUAUGAGUAUUUAAGACAGUCUUACACAUGCCUAUUUAUAAACUCAAGCAAAGUUUUGUAUUUGUUUUAGCAAGGUAUUGUGAGUGGUGCAUGGCAGUUGCCAUGCAUCUGUGUAAUACAUCUGUGUACAUUGAGUAAUAUUUCUAAUUAUUGUUAGUCAUUUGAAAUUCCAGUUCUAUUGCUGAAUAUAAAGUCAGCUUUGAGGGAGAAAAAGAGCAUGUGUGAGACAUUGAGGAGGUCAGAAAGUUCUGUGCUGCAGUAUUUGUGCAUUUUAUUUAUUUAUUUAUCAAACACAGAGUGCUGAGCCCCUGGUUCAAGAAAACAUUUCCACGUGCUGGCAGAAGAUUUAGGAACCUAAUUUUGGUCCCUUCCUAAAGCCAAUGCCAGGUUUCCCUGGAUCAGGGGCCAAGCAGACUGAGCUAUUUAAAGCAUCAUUCUGUCCUUUUAAGUGGCCACAAAAAGGGGUGAGACCUUCUCAAAUGGUUCUUGUAACUUUUAUUAGUAGAGAAGCUGAGAAAUGCUGAGAGAUCCAAAGAUGCUUCUGCAGGUGAUGUAGAAAUAUGUAAAUAGUAAAUACUCCUUGCACUUUUAAUACUUGUAAUAUCGCUGUCACGAGGUACCAUUUGCAAUAACCAAAAUCCAUAUUUCAUAAUGUCUACCCGCAAGAAGACUUUUUUAUUAUUAUAUUUAGAGGUGGGGUUUUUUUGUUCCCCCUUUCUCAUUAAGGAAUUAAUCUUCCUUUGACUUGUUUUCCCCAAUUCUUUUCAACAGUAAGUGAUUGGCUCUGGUUAAAUGUGAAGAUCCCCCUAGACCAGGUGUCAUGUGCCAGCUAAUGCUUGGGGGAAGCUGGCAUUUAUUGUCCCAGCUUUAUGGCAGGGCUGUUCCCAUUUACAGCAGGCAAGGACCUCCCACCUUGAAAUCCUGCAGUAAAAAUUGUCCCACCACCCACAAACACAGCUCUCCCCUGUUUCCACCACACUGGUUUGGUUUCAGGGGGUCAGCAGAUCUCCAGUGUAGAGAAUCUGUCACAUCAUCACUAUCAGGGGGGAUACAGUAGGGUUUCCUGGGGGAACACACAUCAGCAACAAUGGAAUCCUUUUACAGAUGUAAAAGGACUUUACAAUGUAUUCAAGGGGACUUUAUUUUGCCAUCUUUUAAAGACAUGGGGCAAUUUUAGAUCAGGAAAGAAAAAAAAUGGAAGAUAAAGCCUGAUUGUACAAAGUACAGCCUCAGUCUUUCAUGAAGGUUUGUGAUAAUGUUUUUAAUAAUGUUUAUGCAAGUUUUGCAUAGAGUGAGCUCCUAUAUUCUGUCAAGCACAGAGCUCAGCUGAGUUUUUCAUCCUUGGUUCUCAGAAACAACCUUUUCCUCUUGUGUUUCUCACUGCAGUCAGGACCUCUGAGCAUAACAUGCAUUUCUGUAUCAUGGAACUGCCUUGUAAAAUUGCUUAUAGGUGAAGUGAGCAAGCACAGAGAUUGAACCACAACAGGUUUUUGAAAGAAGCCAAAGCAAGCGUGUUUGUUUAGUAAUUUCGUUCUGAUUUUGUUUAAUGGAUGCCAGGAGCAAAGGACACACUGGGAAUCUGUAAUCAUGCAGCACCAGUGGAGAGAAAGUGCAGGCGAAAAUAGUAUGGCACCACAAAAAUUUGUCUGUAAUUCAGUUUCACAGGGGUCACAUUUACCUGAAGAUUUUCCUGGAUGCUACUUGAUCUUUGUAACCCUUGGUCUUUGGUCAGGAAAGAUGAGAAGUACUCUGUCCCUUUUGAGGGAGAAGGUAGAGAGAUGCCUUACCCAAUAUCUCCAACUCUUCCCCUGGCUGCAUGGAUGGGCCAAUCACAGUCUGUGCACCUGAGAGUUCUCUGGUGUGCAGUGAAGAUUUAGGGGUGAAUUUUAGUUAGCAUUCCCUUGAGGAGCAGUGUGAUUGACUUCAUUGUCCCCCCUGGUAAAGCUGGGAGUUCCCUACUGUGCAGGCAGUGUUGUGUGAGGUUACUGAUGGAAUGUUGCCUUCAUCCUUGCAUCCAAUCUUUGCUUUCAGGACAGAUACGCUACUCAGAAGAUGUUUGUAACAGUUUGGGGGAUUUGUUUGGGUAUUUUUUUAAUUCUUUUGCUGUCUGUCAAAGUCCUGUGCAAUAUGAAGCCUCCUGGCAAGGUCUGGCCAUGGCUUGGGUGUUCCUCUUGCUGGUGCAUUCAUCAGAGCCCCAGCCAUUGGGACAUGUGGGAGGGUGGGAGUGCCACUUCUGGGUGUGUGACAAGUGGAAGGGGCACUUCUGCCGAGCACUCAGCACAGGCCUGGCACUGGGAGUUGAGACUCAGGUAAAUCAGGAUUCCAGAGAACACAAAGGUGAGCAGACAGACCUGUUAACCCUCUAGUAUGCUGUGCAACUUUUAGCCCCUUCCAGUGUUUUUUCCAAGCCAAACCCAAGCUGAUGUGUGUACACGGGUGCCAAGCCAAAGGCAGCCAAGCUCAGCAGCCACAGUGAGCCUGGCAUCACCAAGGCAUGUGGGGACAGCCCCAGGGCCAGCACUGCAUCCUGGGCAGGGGGGAGGAUGAUGUUUAAAUCCUUUCAGGGCCCAGCAGUCAUCUGUUCAAGAUCUGAUAAUUUCACAGCGCUAUAAUUGAAAAUUUGGGUUUAUUCUGAAGUUUGUUGCUGAAGUCUUAGGCUGCUGAACGUGAUCCCUGCUGUGGCUUGUUCUAAACCAGAGGGCUGAGAGUAUCUCUGAAUUGUGGGCAUGGAGAGGUCUCUGCUUUGUGAUACAGUCACAGCAUCCAAGCUGCAGGGAGCACAGCAAUAAAAGUGACUGAUAGGAGCACUUUCUGUUUGACUGGGGAUCAAAUGACACUGUCUGGGUCCCUUACCUCUGGGCAAUUCUGUGAUGCUUCUAAUCAUAAGGAAGAAAAUGUAGGUGGAACUCAGUGCAAAUGUACAUAUAUAAUGUAUGUUCAUUUACAACCAGCAGAAAGCAAAACAAGCAGUGGUUUCUAGUAAUAUAAUUCUACUCAAAAUAGCUUUCUAUUAAGUCAGCUUGAAAGUGUUAAAAUGGUGGAGCCACAGACAAAACAUUUGUUACCUUUUGAAAUUAGUUGCAAUGGUUUUGUCAUACUUGUACAAGUGUUAUAAGGUCAGCCUUUCUGUAUGUUUUACAACUUAAUCUAGAGUAGUCUUCUAUGCAUAGCUGUUCCACUUGCCUGUGUAAGUUACAAAUCUAACAGAAAUGAAAGCAUGCAUUUUUCUCUGUUUGCUGGUAACCUAUGAAAUUAGAAACUUGUAUUUCUGUGUUUUUAAUGUGUUAUACUAUAAACAAAAUUCACAGCACUAUUGUCUAUGGAAUAUCAAAAAGUUUUAUCAGAAUGAAUUACUUUAAAUGUUUUGUCAAUUGAUUUAAUAAUGUGUCAGACAUCUACACUAAGACAAUAUAACGUUUAUCAAUAAAAAUAUCCUCUCUUUGUACUAACUUAA